CUGAUUCAUUCCAAUUUAUUAACUCUGAAAUAAAACACAUCUUGUGAGGAAAGUUGAGUAGAAAAAUAAAAAAUGAAGGCAUACUCAGUCGUUGGAAACAAGAAGAAAGUCACGAUGGAGACUAACGCGUCUCGGUUGAAAGUAGUCGGAAAUAAUUGUAUCAUCCGUGUCGCGACCAACCAAGGAGACAUUGAGGUGAUCGGAAACGACUGCACCAUCGAAGUGGUCAAUAACUACGGCGCGAUCAACUUAGUCGGUGCUAAUGGUGGUGUUAUUAUUAACAAGCGAUGGAACGGCGACAAGGUGCAGCUCGUGGGACACCGCUGCUGUCUCGUGGUGGACGGACAGAAGAAGCCGACGGGGCCGUGCGACGCUCAGCUGUCUCCGUUGACGCCAUUCAGCAAGGAGUUGGACGACGUUAUUGAGUCGAUCUUCACAUUUGUGAUGCGAUGAUCGAUUUGUAACAGCAAACAAUGGCUUUGAAUACGGAAGAAAUGCUUUCUCGAUCGCUUGAUUUACUACUGUGAAGUGUAACGAAAGCAAUGCGUUGGACAAGUGUUAGACAUUGCGCGAUUUUGACAGUUUGCGUGUUUAUAAAAAUUUUGUAGUGAUACAAGGAUCAUAAUGGGAAGAAAAUGUAUUAAAAAGCACUUCAUGAGCCGCCAUAUGAGUGGCCAACCUUGAGACAAAAAUUGUCCUCUUUUACAUUGAUCACAUGCAUGGAUCAUACUGUCCUUGCGCUCAAAACUGUGUGGUAGUAUAUCGUGGUGUUAUAAAAAAAAAAAUUGAGAUAUAUCUUUAACAUGUAGAUGAUUGAUAGUAUGCAUUGAAGCCCGUUCAAAUGCGGAAUCAUUCGGCUUUCCUCAUACGAGCGGAAGUCUGAUGUUUUUCCCCGACAUAAUUGUAUCCACUGUUUUUGUAAUUUGAAUUGUUCGCACUCAUUAGGACGUGAUUAGUUUGAAUUAAAUAUUAUUUUGUUGCGAUUUAAUUCUGCUAUAUUGUAAUUUGUAUUCAAGCGGAUAUCAGGUGUUAUUCCCCUUUAAAAUUUGACGCACGACCUUUUUUGUAAUUUAAAUUGCUCUAACAUAAAAUCGUUGCCGUCUUUGUAUUUGGACAUUAGCUUAAUAGUUUGGUUUAGUUUUAUAAAAACUAUGUAAUUUUACAUAUUGUGUUUGUAUUAUUUUAAAUUGUAAAACAAAUUCAUAUUGAAUUAAAUAAUUGUCAGAUUUCUUGAUAGCUUGGUUUCUUUUUUCAGUAUUGGAAAAUCAGGAGAUGUUUUUAAUAAAAUUUUAAAAUGUUA